ACUUCUGUAACCGGAUUGCCAGUUUGCUCAAAAAAGCACAAUGUCUCGAGCCCGACAACCCCCUCUUGUGACGGGCAUCUCUCCAAAUGAAGGAAUACCGUGGACAAAGGUCACCAUUAGAGGAGAAAACCUGGGGACAGGCCCAACUGACCUGAUAGGUUUGACAAUUUGUGGACAUAAUUGUCUCCUGACAGCAGAAUGGAUGUCUGCAAGUAAGAUAGUGUGUCGAGUAGGACAAGCCAAAAAUGACAAAGGUGACAUCAUCGUCACUACCAAGUCAGGUGGCAAAGGAACCUCAACCGUCUCGUUCAAGCUACUCAAACCUGACAAAAUAGGUAUUCUGGAUCAAUCUGCAGUGUGGGUUGAUGAAAUGAACUACUAUGACAUGCGCACCGUCAGGAACAAAGGCAUCUCGCCCUUGUCCCUCCGCCCGGCGAAUCCCCUUGGCAUCGACAUAGAAAAGAGCAGAUUUCCCCAGAAGGACCUAGAAAUGUUGUUCCCAGGAAUGAGUGCCGAUUUUACAAGUGAGAAUUUUUCGGCAGCCUGGUAUCUGAUCGAGAACCACUCAACCACCAGCUUUGAGCAGCUCAAAAUGGCUGUCACCAACCUAAAGAGACAGGCCACCAAGAAGAGCGAAGGCAGCCUGGCCUACGUGAAAGGAGGUCUCAGCACUUUCUUUGAGGCACAGGAUGCCCUCUCAGCCAUCCAUCAAAAACUAGAAGCGGAUGGCACGGAAAAAGUAGAAGGAUCCAUGACGCAAAAGCUGGAGAAUGUUCUGAACAGAGCGAGCACUACCGCCGACACGCUAUUUCAGGAAGUGUUGGGUCGGAAGGACAAGGCAGAUGCCACCAGAAACGCCCUCAACGUGCUCCAGCGAUUUAAGUUUCUCUUCAACCUCCCUCUGAACAUUGAAAGGAAUAUUCAGAAGGGUGAUUAUGACGUGGUUAUUAACGAUUACGAAAAGGCCAAGUCCCUCUUUGGAAAAACGGAGGUUCAGGUUUUCAAGAAAUACUAUGCCGAGGUAGAGACACGGAUCGAAGCUUUGAGAGAAUUACUUCUGGAUAAAUUGCUUGAGACACCAUCAACCUUACAUGACCAAAAACGCUACAUACGGUACCUGUCGGACCUUCGCGCUGCAGGCGACCCUGCGUGGCAGUGCAUCGGCGCCCAGCACAGGUGGAUCCUGCAGCUGAUGAUGAGCUGCAAGGAGGGCUGCGUGCAAGGCCUCAGAGGCAGCGCCAGUCUCCACAGCCCCAUGCUGGAUCCUGACGGCGAAGUGCGGCCCUCGGUGCUGGGCCACCUCAGCCAGACGGCCUCGCUCAAGAGGGGCAGCAGCUUCCAGUCUGGUCGCGACGACGCCUGGAGAUACCGCACUCCUCACCGGGUGGCAUUUGUUGAAAAAUUGACCAAGCUUGUGCUGAGUCAGCUGCCUAACUUCUGGAAACUCUGGAUCUCGUACGUCAACGGGAGCCUUUUCAGUGAGACUGCUGAGAAGUCAGGCCAGAUUGAAAGAUCAAAGAAUGUCAGACAGAGACAAAACGACUUUAAGAAAAUGAUCCAGGAGGUGAUGCACUGUCUGGUGCGGCUGACCCGAGGGGCCCUGCUGCCCCCCAGCGCCCCGGAGGGCACCGCACGCCAGUACGGCGGCUGGGAGGUGAAGUCGGAGCUCUCGGGCCAGUGGCUGGCUCACGUCAUCCAGACCGUCAGGCUCACUUACGAGUCGUUGAGUGCCCUCGAAAUUCCGAAUGACAUGUUACAGACCAUCCAGGACCUCAUUCUGGAUCUCCGGGUCCGAUGCGUGGUGGUCACCCUCCAGCGCACAGCGGAAGAAAUAAAGAGACUAGCUGAAAAGGAAGACUGGGUCGUCGACAAUGAAGGACUGACUUCUCUGCCCUGUCAGUUUGAGCAGUGCAUCGUCCACGCUCUGCAGUCACUCAAGGGAGUGCUGGAGUGCAAGCCGGGGGAAGCCAGUGUCUUUCAACAAGCAAAGACACAGGAGGAGGUUUGCCAGUUGAGCAUAAACAUCAUGCAGGUUUUUAUACACUGCCUGGAACAGCUGAGCACCAAGCCUGAUGCAGACAUAGACACUACGCAUCUGUCCAUGGAUGUCUCUUCUCCGGACUUGUUUGGAAGUAUUCAUGAAGACUUCACUUUGACUUCUGAACAGCGACUUUUGAUUGUCCUGAGUAACUGCUGCUAUCUGGAACGUCACACCUUCCUCAAUAUAGCGGAGCAUUUUGAAAAGCAUGAUUUCCAGGGCGUGGAGAAGAUAACCCAGGUCAGCAUGGCCUCACUGAAGGAAUUAGACCAAAGACUCUUUGAAAAUUACAUCGAGUUGAAAGCAGACCCCAUCGUUGGCUCCCUGGAGCCCGGCAUCUACGCAGGCUACUUCGACUGGAAGGACUGCCUGCCGCCAGCAGGUGUCAGAAACUAUUUGAAAGAAGCACUGGUGAAUAUAAUUGCUGUACAUGCAGAGGUGUUCACUGUUUCCAAAGAGCUGGUGCCUCGAGUCCUGUCCAGGGUGGUGGAAGCGGUUUCUGAAGAGCUGAGCCGACUGAUGCAGUGUGUCUCGUCCUUCAGCAAAAACGGAGCAUUGCAGGCAAGGCUGGAAAUCUGUGCUCUGCAGGACACCGUGGCUGUUCACCUGACACCCGACAGCAAGUGCAGUUUCAAACAGGCCCUGGAAGCCCUGCCCCAGCUCUCCAGCGGAGCAGAUAAGAAGUUACUGGAAGAACUGCUGAACAAGUUCAAGAGCGGCAUGCACUUACAGCUCGCCUGUUUCCAGGCUGCUUCUUCAACCCUGGUGAAAACAUAAAGAGCAAGCAUGGGCAGUCCAGAGAGAUACCAAGUGAUAAAUUUGUUCACUCCCUCGAGUGCCCCGAAGGUACUUGAUAUAGACAAAGCAUUAGGUUUGUAAUUUCUUUCUUGGUCUUUUUUUCUGUUUUGAACCCUGACUGGGUAGCCUAAACGGUGUUGGUGUAGGCUUCAUUUUGCAAUGGAAUACUUGAAAUGCC